AGGUUGCAGGGAUGAAGCAGGAAAAGACUCGAUUGAAGGAUUUCCUAGAGAAUAUCAGUGUCCUGCAAUGGAUACUGACCUUCCUCUUAUUAGGUGAGACCCCACAUCUGCAUGUGUGUGUGUACGCUUGCACAUUUGUGUGUGAGAGAGAAACCUGCUGACUGGCAUUGAGCAAAAUGUAUGUGUCAUAUUUUGCAUCCCUCCCUGUGGAUCCACUCACCAUUCCCUAUUCCUCAGGUCUGGCUUGUAUUGGGUUGAUGGUGUACCUUAUGUUUACCUCUCUGUGGCCACUGCCUGCUCUCUACUUCAUAUGGCAGUUGAAGGACUGGCACACACCUGAAAGAGGUACUGACAUACUGAAUGUUGCCCUGAAUUCUUCAAUGUUGUCAAUUUUUCAAGUAAUACUAAUCUCUUUUAAGGUCUCUUUUAACUCUCAAGUAAAGAAAAAAUCGAAUUCCUGAAUGUGUGCAACUUAAUUUGCUUGUGUGAAAGUUCUUAUCUGUCACCACCAGGGGGCAGGAGAAUUGCAUUUGUGAGAAACUGGAAAAUGUGGAAGCACGUUAGGGAUUACUUCCCAAUGAAGGUAUGUUGAUGAUGACAAGCUUUGUCAAUUGACCGGAAUUAUUGUUUUGUUUUUUGUCUUAAUAAUUUAAAAAACCCGUCUUUUCUUUUUAAAGCAUUGAACACAUUGUUUCUACACAUGAAUAAGUCCCUGUUUCUCUCCUCCAAUCUGUAUCUCUCUCCCUGCCUUUGUUCAGUUGGUGAAGACAGCGGAGUUGAACCCAAACAAGAACUACAUCUUAGGGUGUCAUCCUCAUGGGGUCAUGAGUAUGGGAGCCUUUACCUCUUUCAGCACUGAGGCCUGUGGCUUUAUGGACCUCUUCCCUGGGGUGCGCUCCUGUCUGUGCAUACUAGGUGGCAUCUUCAAGGUCCCCCUCUACAGGGAAUAUGCCAUGGCCAUAGGUAUAUAUGGCUUCCAGGGAAGUUUAGCUCUCUGGAAGCUGUAGUAGUGGAUAUUGUAAGGAGAUGUAAAUGUUUUUUGUGAGGAAAAGGGAUGUUGUGUUGUUGCCAAUCAAUUACCAUGAAUUCCUCCCUUAAUGUAACACAAAAUCCUUCUACUUGCCUCUGUUCAAUAAAUUAGUCUUGCUUUCUCUCCAUCUCUGUCUCUAUCUCUCUGUUAUUCCUCUCAUCAGGUUGUUAUCCAGUCAGCAAGCCCAGUCUAGAGCACCUUCUGUCUAAAAGUGGGAAAGGUAAUGCGGUAGUGAUUGUGAUAGGGGGCGCUGCUGAGUCUCUGCUGAGUCUGCCUGGGGUCAAUACUGUGUUUAUGAAGCAGAGGAAAGGCUUCGUCCGGGUGGCCCUGGAGUUUGGGUGAGUUAUCUAUCUUAUGGAUGGACCAGUAGUGAGAGGCCACAAAUGAACAAGAAAGCAGUGUUGUAGUUAUAAAAAAAAUACAACCAUACAUCACAUAGCUAGAUCAUUGAUCCCUGGAUCCACAGGGAUCAAUGAGGGCUAGCCCUAGAUCCACAGGGCUAACUGCUUUUGGCUGUGUUUAAGAAAUACUUUAAAAAAAACAUUUAUUAGGAAACAACCCAGUGGGUCAGUUCUCAUCUCUCUCAUUGUUCCUCAGGGCUGACCUGGUGCCCGUCUACUCGUAUGGGGAGAACAAUAUCUUCCGCCAGGUGAUCUUCUCACAGGACAGUGUGGGCUGGAGGUUGCAGCAACUCUUUAAGAAGCUCAUGGGCUUUGCCCCCUGUCUGUUCGUAGGUGAAUGCUGGUUCUGGAUGCCUUACCACUGCCCUGUCACCAUUGUCGGUCAGUGACUAUGUCAACGAAAUGCCUUGCUUAAUUUACUGAUUAACUUGUAAUUUUGAAAAUGCACAACAUUUGUCUUAUGAUCCACAAUCUCUUCGAGUCGCCAUCGGUAACUGAGGUAUAGCUUUUUUCUGUUACACAGUAGUGUGCAAAAGUAGUGGCUUCAGAAGUGUUUUAGUAACUUUUAGUGAGUUUUAAAGUCACUUUAGUAAUUCACUAGAUUAGAAAACUGCUUUGAGUGACUGAUGGUAGAACACAGCUUGUGUAGCUUUGACCAAAUGCUCUUUCUCUUUGUGAUACAGUAUGUACAGCAACAUAGUGUUACGUUUCUCACUCUGCUUCACCCAUUUGUGUAUUCCUCUCCAGUGGGUAGUCCUAUCCCAGUGCCAAAGCGGCCAUCCCCCACUCAGGAGGAAGUGGAUCACUACCAUGGCCUCUACAUGGAGGCCCUGGCCAAGCUCUUCCAUGGACACAAGGCCAGCUGUGGACUCUCAGACAGCCACGAGCUGCGGAUCAUAUAG